CCGGUCUUCCGCCUCUGGCUCAGGUAGACGGGACGUUCUGCGGAAAAGUCUUCUCUCUGGACCUGCAGUCACCUCGCUCUGUCCAUCAUGACGGUGAACGGCACAGCAGACAUCUUGAGCUCUGCGUACCUCGCAGUGGAGUACGUCGACGCAGUGUUACCUAAAAACCCCCUGCAGCCUUCCCUGGAGUACGCGUGGGGCUACAUGCUGGACAACUACACCAAGUUUCAGAUCGCAACCUGGGGGUCACUCAUCGUCCACGAGUUCAUCUAUUUCCUGUUCUGCUUACCUGGUUUCCUCUUCCAGUUCCUGCCCUUUAUGCAGAAAUACAAGAUCCAACCGGACAAGCCGGAGACGUGGGAGAAACAGUGGACAUGUUUCAAGAUGCUGCUCUUCAACCAUUUCUUCAUCCAGCUGCCUUUGAUCUGUGGAACUUAUUACUUCACUGAAUUCUUCAACAUCCCGUAUGACUGGGACUCCAUGCCUCGCUGGCCGUAUGUCCUGGCUCAGUGCUUUGGUUGUGCCGUGGUUGAGGACACCUGGCACUACUUCCUGCAUCGCCUGCUGCAUCACCGCAGGAUCUACAAAUACAUCCACAAAGUCCACCAUGAGUUCACAUCUCCUUUUGGAAUGCAGGCAGAAUACGCCCACCCUGCUGAGACCCUCAUCCUGGGCGCCGGCUUCUUCAUUGGCAUCAUGAUCUUCUGUAACCACGUGUUCUUCCUCUGGGCCUGGGUCUGCUUCCGUCUGCUCGAGACAAUCGACGUCCACAGUGGGUAUGACAUUCCUCUGAACCCCCUCCACCUGAUCCCGUUCUACGCUGGCGCUCGUUUCCACGACUUCCACCAUAUGAACUUCGUUGGGAACUACGCGUCGACGUUCACCUGGUGGGACAAGCUGCUGAACACGGACAACCAGUACAGCAAGCACAUGCUGAAACAGGAGGAGAAGAAAGCACAGUAAAGCACUGGUCACACACAGUCACACACUUAGGUUAUCGGGGGGGGGGGCAGGAGGGCGGCAGCGAGUCUCAGCGAGCACAUAAACAGUUGCUGUUUUUCGUCCCAGUUCACUAAGUUAAACACACCCUGAAGGUUGUUUAAAUUGAUUUGAUUCUGAAUCAGACUGCCUGUUGUCUCCAGUCCACCCUCUGUGCCUUUAUGCAAAGAGAAUUGUUGCUGAAUGCUUCUGUCAACAGCUGCUCACUGAAUAAAAACCAUCAACAUCCUCCGACAUGUGAAAUGCUUCUUGUUUACCUCUGAAUUUCUCAGCACUUUAAUGCUUCCUUUUUACUCUUUUCAUGAGGAAGUUUUCUAAACGCAGUGCUGACUUCUGAAACGAGUGAUGAAAAGGGAUUGGCCCCAGAUGUUUAAGCCUUAUUAUUUUUUUUUUUUACAACUG